GGGGAAGGCUUGUGUCGCACUCCUUUUGACCCCAGACGCCCACCAUGACUUAUCCCACAAUCGCCGAGUUGACGUCCCCUUCAUCAUGGGCUAUGAUCGAAGACAAGUUCUCCCCGUAUGCAAAGGAGACGCUUACGAAACUUAUUGCCUUCAUGCACGAGGAGAUUCUCCCAGCUCUUAAGGUGGCACAUGCUCAAUUACCCGCGGACCCGGAGAAGCGUUGGAAGACAGUGAUACCGAUCAUUGAGGAGCUCAAGGUCAAAGCCCGGAAACUAGGUCUGUGGAACCUCUUCCUUAGCAAGGCUCAUUACCCCGAGCAUGGCGUCCCUUUAACGAACCUGGAGUAUGCCGUUAUGGCUGAAAUCUUGGGGCGGGGAGGCCACUUCGCUCCCCAGGUCGUCAACUGCUCGGCCCCUGAUACGGGCAACAUGGAGGUCCUGGCUCGGUACGGGAGCCCUGAGCAGCAGAAGAAAUGGCUGAUACCCCUUCUGAACGGAGAAAUCCGCUCGUCAUUUGCUAUGACCGAGAGAUUUGUUGCAUCUUCUGAUGCCACGAACAUUCGGACAUCUAUUCGACAAGAAGGUAACGAGAUCGUUAUUAACGGCCAUAAGUGGUGGAUCAGCGGUGCCGGCGAUCCAAGGACGAAAGUCCAUCUGGUGUUGGGGAAGAGCGACCCCAAUAAUGCUAACACAUACUCGCAGCAGAGUAUGGUCAUCGUGCCUGCCGACACUCCAGGAGUCACGGUUGUACGGCCUAUGCAAGUCUUCGGUUACGAUGACGCCCCGGAAGGUCAUUGCGAAAUUAUCUACGACAACGUUCGUGUUCCCCUCAGCAACCUCAUCUUGGAUUGGGGCAAGGGAUUCGAGAUAAUCCAAGGUCGCCUUGGGCCAGGGCGCAUCCACCACUGUAUGAGGUCAAUUGGGGCAGCUCAGGCGGCUCUGGACCUGAUGAUACAGCGCGUCACCGAUCCCUCGAGGAAGACAUUCGGGAAGUAUCUGUACGAACAUGGCAGCGUUAUCGCCGACAUAGCGAAAUGCCGCGCUGAAAUCGAGUCUUCACGUCUCCUGGUACUCAGUGCUGCUAACCAAAUCGACAAGUUCAGAGCCAAGGGAGCCUUGAAGGAAAUCGGUAUAGCGAAGUUCGUUGUCCCGUCUAUGGCCUGCCGUGUUGUGGACACUGCCAUGCAAGCCUUCGGUGCAGAGGGUCUGAGCCAAGAUCAACCCCUUGCUCAAGUGUUCGCUGGGCUGCGAACCCUCAGAUUGGCAGAUGGUCCUGAUGCGGUACACAUCCACCAAAUUGGGCGAAGGGAACUGAAACGUUCCUCUGAGAUAACUAAGACCGCUGCUGAGAUCAAGAAGAAGGAGAAUGCACUCCUCGAGAAACAUGGCCUGAAGGCUCACCUUUGAGGUGCUGCUAUACGCGUCAAACGCGCGUGCACACAUCACCGCAGGUGGGCCGCGACGCUGAGAAAGUGUCGCAUCUCGUUGUCGCGAAGCUCGAGCACGAGCUGCACACCCAUUGUAUGGCGGGACGGUGUAUGAAGUAACACAUUAGUAUUGCUGUGGCAUUCGAAUACUAAGUCGGAGUUCCCACGGACUGUACAUAGGCCUCGAAAGAUGCCGGUACUGGCCUCGAC